UGCAAGACCCGUUUGACUUUUAUAAUAAUCUAUUCCCAUCCCAACUAAUAGCUAGGCCUUCCCUCUUUUUCUUUGUAUUUCAACAGAAGCGCUGAUUCUCCAUUUAUAAAUACAGUCUCCUACUUAUUUGCAAUAACAAUCAUUCAUAUCUCAAGUCUCAACCAACACUGCAACCUCAUGGAAAUUCCUUCCUCCUUGAUGUAUUUUAUGCUGUUGUUGGGGCACUGUUUCAUGGCUAGUUUAGCUGUACCGGCAGCUGCAAGAACCAACAUAAACACAGACCAAUCAGCUCUUCUUGCCCUCAAAGACUGCAUCACCGACGACCCUCACAAAUUCUUGGAAAGAAACUGGUCUACCUCUACCUCUGUUUGCAGCUGGGUUGGGGUCAUUUGCGAUGCCAACCACCAAAGAGUCAGAAACUUGAAUCUGUCCUACAUGGAUCUUACAGGAACCAUACCUCCACACUUGGGAAACCUUUCAUUUCUGUCUCGUUUAUCCUUCCGAAAGAACAACUUUAGUGGCUCUCUUCCCAACGAGUUGGGCUCGUUGCAUAGGUUGAGAAAUGUCAGCUUUGGCUCGAACAAUUUGCAGGGAGAGAUACCAUCCUGGUUGGGGUUCUUGCCUAAACUUCAAAUGUUGAAUCUGUAUGGAAACCGUUUCUCGGGAACCAUCCCAAAUUCUCUAUGCAACACGUCGUCACUGCAGAUUAUUAAUCUAAGUGAAAACAUGCUUUCAGGAGGGAUACCAAGAAGUUUGUCAAACUGUACUUCACUCAAGUAUCUUUUCUUAGGUAACAACGGCUUGAGAGGUGAAAUACCACCAGAGAUUGGGACUCUUCAAAAUUUAGAACAAUUGAGUGUCACUGCUAACAACUUAACUGGUCGCAUCCCAAAUAUAAUCUUCAAUGUCUCAACAAUUAAAGUCAUUGAACUCAGCUCGAACAAGCUUUCAGGCCAGCUUCCAGCUAGCAUAGGCCAUUGUCUUCCAAAUCUUGAGGAACUUUACCUAUGGGAUAACGAACUAAGGGAAAAAAUUCCCAGCAGCAUAUCAAAUGCUUCUAAGCUCACUGUACUCGAGCUGGCAGCAAACCGUUUCUCUGGCACUAUUCCUAAUACCCUCGGAAAUUUAAAGCAUCUGCGGGUGCUCAACUUAGCUGGCAAUUAUUUGACCAGAGAAUCUUCGACUCUAGAGUUGAGUUUUCUUUCGUCUUUGACAAACUGCAGAGAGUUGGAAAAGAUAAUGCUAGCAAAUAAUCCAUUGAAUGGUAGCCUUCCAGUUUCAAUGGGAAACUUCUCUACUUCUCUAACCUCUUUUUCUGCAUUUGAUUGCCAUAUCAAGGGCACCAUCCCAAAACAGAUUGGUAACUUGAGUGCCUUGAUUGUCCUACGCCUACAAAACAAUGAAUUGGCUGGGCCUAUUCCAACUGCAGUGGGAGGAAUGAGAGAGCUCCAAGGUUUGUAUCUUCAACGCAAUAGAUUGCAAGGAUCCAUCCCACCUUAUUUGUGUUACUUAGGGAAAUUGGAUGAAUUAUACUUGAGUAGUAAUGAGCUCUUUGGAUCCAUUCCAACUUGUUGGGGAAGUCUCACUUCACUUCGAAAGCUGUACUUAGAUUCCAACAAUCUGACAUCCACAAUACCCCCAUCCUUUUGGAGUCUUCAGGACAUACUGGAAGUAAACUUGUCUAUGAAUUCGCUAUGUGGCCAUCUGCCACAAGAUAUUGGAAAUUUGAAGGUGGUAACACAUAUAGACUUUUCGUGGAACCAAUUUUCAGGUGAGAUCCCGGCUGUGAUUGGAGGCCUGCAAAGUUUGAAAACCCUUUCCUUAGCGCAUAACAAAUUCCAGGGUCCUAUGCCUCAGUCAUUUGAUGGGUCAGUAAGUGCAGAAUUUUUGGAUUUUUCUGAUAACAACUUGUCAGGAAUGAUUCCCAAGUCCCUAGAGGCACUCAGGUACCUCAAAUACUUCAAUGCGUCUUUCAAUAAGUUACGAGGGGAAAUCCCAUCUGGAGGUGCUAUUGCUAACUUCUCGGCUAGAUCAUUCAUGGGGAAUGAAGCAUUAUGUGGUCCACCCCGCCUGAAAGUUCCACCGUGCAAAACUAGUACUGUUGGACGAUCAAAGACAACAGCUGCGGGUGUUCUAGUAUAUAUUCUACCACUACUGAUAGCAACAAUCCUUGUACCAGUCCUCGUACAUGCUUUGAUAAGAUGCAGAAGGAAGAAUGCAAAACUACCCAGUCAGGGAGACCUGUUAACUGUAGCAACGUGGAGAAGAAUUUCUUAUCUAGAACUCCAACGAGCAACUGAUGGCUUUAGCGAAAGUAACUUGGUAGGGAAAGGGAGUCUUGGCUCGGUGUACAAAGGGAUACUUUCAGACGGGAUUAGUGUUGCAGUGAAGGUUUUUAACUUGAAUCUACAAGGAGCAUUUAGAAGUUUUGAGGCCGAAUGUGAAGUAUUGUGCAGAAUUCGUCACAGGAAUGUGGUCAAAAUCAUCAGUAGCUGCAGUAACAUUGAUUUUAAAGCCUUGGUACUGGAGUACAUGCCCAACGGGAGCCUCAUGCAGUGGCUGUAUUCUCAUGACUUCUCUUUGGAUAUCCUACAGAGAUUGAACAUGAUGAUAGAUGUUGCAUCAUCAUUGGAAUAUCUCCAUCAUGGUUAUUCUGUUCCUGUCGUUCAUUGUGAUUUGAAGCCCAGCAACAUUCUUAUAAAUGAAGAUAUGAUUGCACAUGUUGGGGACUUCGGCAUUUCCAGAUUCUUGGGUGACGGAGAUUCCAUGACCCGAACCAUGACACUUGCCACUGUUGGUUAUAUGGCACCAGAGUAUGGAUCACAAGGGAUCAUUUCCACGAGUGGAGAUGUAUACAGUUAUGGCAUUUUGCUGAUGGAAACCUUCACAAGAAAGAAGCCCACGGACGAAAUGUUUGCCGGAGAAAUGAACCUAAAACGCUGGGUAAAAGAGUCACUGCCCCACGCAGUAAUCAAAGUUGCUGAUGCAAAUUUGCUACAAAGAGAAGACGAGCAUUUUGCUGCAAAGCAGGAGUGUAUAUUGUCCAUGAUGAAACUGGCCAUGGAUUGUUCAGAAGAAGCACCUGAAGAGAGGGUAAACAUGAGAGAUGUCAUAACAACACUCAAAAAGAUCAAAAUGAAUUUCCUAAAGGAUGUUGGACAGUUGAAGGCCGGGGCUUGAAAACAUGAAAUUUAUCUAUAGGUUCUAAUUCCUUGUUUGUACGUGCAUUUCCCAGUUAGUAAUUAAUUAGGCAAACUCCAUUAACAGAUCAGUGCGAAGAGGUCAAAGCAUGGAGGGAUCAAUGUGUCAUUCAUUUGCAAAUAUCUGCCUAAAUUAAUUAAUUAAUAUUUGCAAUUGCA